GAUCUCAUGGCAACAAAUGUUUUGGGACCAAAACAUGGAGACGUGACCCAGCGCCCGAGCAACGGGGCCGGAUAGGAAAACCUAUCGUCUGCAGCACGGAAAUGCAAGAAAAACAUGGGAUUUUUGCUCAGAAUUUAAAAACCGAGCUCAUGGGAACUGAGCUUGACAUAUAACCUGAGGAAUUCAGAGGAAGGUAUGUCGCGAAGGCACCGUUUUACAACGUAUUAUAGGUCAUUUAUCGUCCAACAUUUGCGGUUGGUCGGACGAUAAGUCGCUUGAUUUUCCAUGAACUGUUUAGUUGCAUUGCAUGACGCAUGUUAACUGAUGAAUUUUAAAUCAAACCACCACAUCUCUUGAGGAGGGACAAGUAUUUCUGAGCGUCCUGUCAGGAUAUAUAUCUGUCGACAUUUCACGUGACGCACGGGCGAAAGGACCUUACGACUCCGCCUUUCGCGCCAAAACAAUUUGAUACUCAGGUGGGUAACGGGACCCGCUCCGAGGGAAAAGCUCACGUGCCUCGGUCAUUGUUGGAGGUCCGUGCCGAGCCGGUAUGGCGGGGAAAACCGGUGGGAAGGUUGGCUUUCCUAGCGGCGGGAAAGUGGGCUUCUCCAGCGGCAAGAGAGGCGCAUCUGCCCCCGUGUCGUCCUCGGACGAGGAAGAAAUCGAGAAGGAAGUUCAGGAGCCGAAGGAGGACUAUGAAAACAUCGCCUCUCCCUGUAGCAGUACGUCAAGCGGACCGGUGUACGAGAGACAACCGGGCUUUGAGAAACACGGACACGAAGUGGUCGUCCCGAGAAGACCCAAGAUCAAACACAAGAUCAAGCGGAAGAAGAUGGCAAACUUUAUGCUGGGCGGAGACCAUGAUUUCUACACAGCGAGUCGGGGGAGGAGGAAGGAUGGCACCAUGGUACCCACGCCCCCCAGCAAGGGCAAGCCCAAAAGGGACACUGUGCCCAUGCGACUACGUGCCCUGCCCCAGUCCUUCUGGCAGCAGCCCAACAACAUGAACAACAAUUCACCUGGUAGUUUGUACCCUGUUCUGCCUCCAGUCGUCAACAAGGAAGUAUCCGAUGAAGAUCUAGGCCAGGUUGUGUCUGUCCCUACAGAGAUCCGGCCAGUCACCCCUCCAGAGGAGCGCACUGAGACAGACGUACAGGAAAAGGAAAGGACUGUCAGAAAGGACGAGGAAAUCGUACCAACAAAACCAGAAAAGACUGUGGAGAAGGUCACCAUUAAGGAUGACAAAGAAAAAACUGAGAAAGAAGUAAAGAAGGAAAAGAUAGAUCUUGUUGAGGAGGUUGUGUCGGGUGCAACAGUGACUGUGACAACAACGGCACCUCCCAGAACAAGGACUGUCAGAACUGUCACAUCAACUGUCCCAAACACAGACCUGCUCUUCAGUUUGUUCGAUGGAGUGGACCCGGAAACCAAGAGACAAACAGUCAAGUUGAAAAGGGGAAGACCAAAAAGAAUACACCUGGAGGGAAUGAAUGCACCGCGACCUCGUUCCCAGGACAACGACCCUUACAUGGUGGACAACAUUGCGGAGAGACUUUUUCCCGUGCUGUCGUUAGAGAACCGCAAACAGAACACCAACCCUGCCAACCCUAACGUCACGACCACGCUGCACUACAUCACGCUAAACGGGGAGGAUGAGAAGUCAUCUGUGUCGCUCCCAGCAGUGAGAGUAGAGACCAACUACUCACAGAUGUUGUCAGAACUUGUCAUGCACAUAUAGUGCUGCGACAGCAUUGGACGUUUGUUUCACUGGAGCAUGCUGCACAGUUGUGUUCUGUUAGAGAUGUCAGAUUUGACAGUGGUUGCAAGUGUGAUGAUUAGUAGUUCAUUAUUUCUAUUGUUCUGUAGAAUUUCUACCAUUCUACUACUAUCUCCCUCCUCUGAACAAGUGUAACUAGUAAGAGUAAAACUCUGAGGGACCAACAUUUUCUAUGGUCUAUUUUCUAUGGAACCUGCAGUUCCAUCUGUGGAUGCUAGAUGACACUUUUUCACAACA